AUGCCAAUAAAAUGGAAUGAUAGCAGAGUUCAGGUGGAGCAUAUUCUUAGCCGUGCAUCCGAUAACUGGACUGGCCGCGUUGGACAUAUAAGUGCCGAUAUGCUACCAACUCCCAGUGAUUCCCUACGAGUACUAAUAUGUGGACCAGAUGGAUUUAUUCAAAGCGCUGUGCAGUGAGU